UUCUUCUGAGUUUUGGAGACGGUGCUGUCCAGCUGCUAUUUCACCGAGCAGACGGUCAUCUAAACAUCGGUUGAAAAGACCCCCACCCCCUACCCCGCGCGCACAUGUGGGCGCGCCCAAGCCUCGUUUUAGAAUAAAACGUUUGGUCUAGGACCUGACCCUGACUGAGGCCGCCGAGGAGCGGAAGUUUUAGGAUUGAGAUGACUAUCUGUAGUUUACAGUCCCUGGAAAUUGCUUGAAUUUCCUGACCGUCUGAAGUCGCAGCUUGGAUCUUAGAUUCUCAGCACUUCUUCUGCGGGGUUGCAGGAGAAAUGGGGAUGAUUUCAGGGCUCAUUUUUCUGUGCAUGCUCCAAUCUGCAAUCACUCGGACAGAUCCAUUCCCACCUGCCCCCAUAAGACCUGAAGGUUGUGAGACCGGGAUAAUCGACUGUCCCAUCAAGGUGUUUUUCACCAUCGACACCUCAGAGACCAUCGCUUUGCAGGAGUCCCCGCCUGGUAGCCUGGUGAAAAAAAUCCAAGAGUUCACUAAGAUCUUUGCCCAGAGGCUGGAUGAUGAGGAGUACAAAGGCCAAGUCCAUAUCACCUGGUCCAUAGGAGGCCUGCAUUUCUCCCAGACCCAGGUGGUCUUCUGUGAUUUAACAACCAGGGAGACCUUCAUCAGGAACAUCACUAACAUCAAAUACCUGGGCAAAGGCACCUACACCGACUGCGCUUUGAAACAGAUGGCCUCCAAACUGACCCGGCACCACUGGGACACGAAGGUCGUCCUCUUCUCUGUGGUCAUCACUGAUGGUCACGUGACAGGAAGUCCAUGUGGGGGGAUAAAGGUGAUGGCGGAAAGUGCCAGGGACAAAGGGAUCCAGAUUUUCUCAGUGGCAGCGUCCAGAAUGAUCGAUGAAAUAGGGAUGAGAGAGAUCGCCAGCUCUCCCAUUGAACUUUACCGUGACGACUACAUAGUCGUGGACACUCUCAGUGGGAAACCAGAAAUAAAGACUGAUUCUAUUGAUCGUAUCAUAAAAGCCAUGAAAUAUCAAGCAUAUUUACAGUGUUACCAACAAAAAUGCCUCGAGACUCCUGGGCCACCUGGUCCAAAAGGGCCUCCAGGUCUAAAAGGUACAAAAGGAGCCAGCGGUCAACCUGGGCCAAAAGGUGCAAAGGGUAGACAGGGUGACCCUGGGAUUGAAGGUCCAAUCGGACGACCUGGUCCAAAGGGAGAGUCUGGUUUGAAAGGUGACAAGGGUGAAACUGGAACAAUAGGCGCAAAGGGUGUGGCAGGAGUACCUGGCAGGAAUGGAACUGAUGGACAGAAGGGUAAAAUGGGACGAAUCGGAGCUCCUGGUUGCAAAGGUGAUCCAGGUGACAAGGGACCAGAUGGCUACCACGGAGAAGUUGGUGAAACCGGGCCACGUGGUGACAAAGGAGAAAAGGGUGACGAUGGCCACCCUGGAAAGUCGGGGCCCCCUGGUCCGGAGGGUGACCAAGGACCAAAGGGUGAAAGAGGAAAUCCAGGAAUUCCAGGACCACCGGGACAAAAGGGAUCUCCGGGAGCUCCAGGUGGACCUGGACCACCAGGUGAAGAGGGAAGAAGAGGAGACCCUGGAAUAAAGGGAGCACAAGGGCCUGAUGGGUUAAAAGGAGAGAAGGGAGAACGAGGGCCACAAGGAGGCAGAGGUCGGCCUGGGGAGGAGGGAUUCAAGGGUGCAAAGGGUGAUCAAGGACUACCAGGCCCGAGGGGUCAGCCAGGAGAAGCAGGGGGCCCUGGAGCAAAUGGCACCAGGGGAAAUCCAGGAGAUCCUGGACCAAGGGGAGACACUGGACCCCCUGGACCAAAGGGAGACAAAGGAAGAACAGGAUUCAGCUACUCCGGGCCAAGAGGACCCACUGGCGACAAAGGUAACCCAGGCAGGAGAGGACCCAGGGGGGGCAGAGGUGAUUGUGGUGCCAAAGGAGAACCUGGAAACAAAGGUCCAACAGGAGAUCCUGGUAAGCCAGGUGAGCCGGGUGAGCCAGGAGAGAGAGGACCUAGGGGAAAUCCUGGACCUGAUGGGGAUCCUGGACCAAUGGGUGAUCCUGGGCUCACUGACUGUGAUGUCAUGACUUACAUCAGGGAGACAUGUGGUUGCUGUGACUGUGAGAAGCGCUGUGGAGCUCUGGACAUUGUAUUUGUAAUUGAUAGCUCAGAGAGCGUUGGGCUGACAAACUUCACCCUGGAAAAGAACUUUGUUAUCAACACCAUCAACAGGCUGGGCUCUAUGGCCAGCGACCCUGCGUCACCAACCGGCACAAGAGUCGGAGUUGUACAGUACAGUCACAACGGGACAUUUGAGGCCAUUCAUCUCGAUGACCCAAACAUAAACUCCAUGUCUGCCUUUAAGACGGCAGUGAAGAAUCUAAAGUGGAUUGCUGGGGGCACCUUCACACCAUCGGCUCUAAAGUUUGCCUAUGAUACCCUCAUCAGGGACAGCAAGAGAGCUCGAGCACGAGUAUCCGUGGUGGUGAUCACAGAUGGCCGCUAUGACUCGCGUGAUGAUGAGGAUCUGCUCAAUUAUCUUUGUAGGGACAGCAAUGUGGUGGUGAAUGCCAUUGGGGUUGGUGAUAUGUUUCAGAAGACACAGGACAAUGAGGUCCUGGGGUCGAUAGCGUGCAACAACAAGGGCCGUGUGUCUGGUUUGAUGCGUUAUGCUGACUUGGUAGCUGAGGACUUCAUAGAAAAAAUGGAGACUGUGCUCUGUCCAGAGCCAGUGAUUAUGUGCCCUGAUCUCCCCUGUAAAACUGAACCUGAUGUAGCUCCAUGUGUCCAGCGGCCAGUGGAUGUGGUAUUUCUACUAGAUGGCUCAGAGCGCCUCGGGAUGAGGAACUUCCAGCAUGUCCGUGAAUUUGUGAGCAAUGUGGCAGACAGACUGGGACUAGCCCGGGGCAGGGCUGAUCGUAUGCGAGCGCGCCUAGCACUAGCUGAGUUUGGCAAGGAGGAUGAGCACAGCCUAGCCUUCCCUCUAACACAUGACCGUGCUGUCAUCACUGACGGCAUAGCACGCUUAUCUUACCUAGAUUCCUCCUCAAGUGUGGGGCCUGCCAUCAUCCACGCCAUCAACAACAUCUUGGGUAAAGGGAAUGCUCGCCAGACGAGACGCUUUGCAGAGAUUUUAUUUGUUUUCAUCACAGAUGGAAUCACUGACAGUAAGGUCCUGGAGGAGGCAGUUGGAGCGAUGCGUGGGGCACAGGUUGUCUCCACAGUGAUAGCCCCUGGAAAUGACGUUGACCAAGAAGUCCUUACGAAGCUGGCUAUGAAUGACCAGGAAGCCAUCUUUAAAGUAAAAGACUUCUCUGAUCUGUCCCGGUCUGGUUUGUUUGACCGUUUCAUUCAGUGGGUAUGUUAAAGAGAACCCAUGCUCAUAUGGACCUGAAGAUCAUACUGGUGCUACUGCUGUUUAUCUAGCACAUUAAACAUCAGUUACUGUUUUACUAUGAUUCUAUUAUGCACUGUACAAUUUUCAAAUCAUCACGGCAACACUAUUCAUCCACAGUAUUUUUUCAUACAAAAAAAGUAUGUAAAGUAAGUUUUGUUCUUCAGACAUUUAGCUUUAUUGACCAAAGAUAAUAAAUUUGCAGUUUGUUGGA